AUGAGAUUGAUCGCAAGCGCUCUCGCCACCGUCCUUGCGGCCUCUAGCGUUCUGGGUCAAGUCAGAGAGCCAUCAAUUUCGACGGACAAACAUAUUCGUCCUGAUGGCUCUGGAUCGGCCGACUUUGUCGUCAAAGGCGUCCCCAUCCCAGCGUUUGGCACGGAGGCCAGCGGCGGCGGCGCUGCUGAUCCGCCUGGGUCUGCACGUGUCGGCGUUGGUGCAGGUGGCUUUGAGCACUUUAUCAAAGGUUUCUCUGGCGGCAUUCAGCUCUUUGCUGCCAAUUCGAGCGCUGUCAUCGGUCUCGGCUUUACCCGCCAAGAUGGCUCGACCUUCAAUUUCACGUUGAAGGCGGUCGGUCCAGAAUUCUCUGACGCCUACUAUCUCAACGUCAACGGUGUCGAUAUCCCAUUGCCGGAUCACAUCCAUCUCUGGUAG